AUGUCAGAGAUCCGAGUAGACGUGAAUGCGAAGGCCGGGCGCAUCAGCAUCUCUAACGAUGGUGGGCCUAUCCCCAUCGAGAAGCAUGAGUCGGGGCACUAUGUCCCAACUCUUGUCUUCGGCGAGUUCCUGAGCGGGGACAACUUCAACGAUACGAAGGUUCGAUUCACAGGCGGCCGCAACGGAGUCGGCGCCAAGGCGACCAACGCCUUCAGUCGCAGCUUCGAGGUCCAAGUCGACGAUCCAGGCACGGGCAUUCGCUUCUUCCAGCGCUGGGAGAAGAACAUGCUCCGUCGUUUGCCUGCGGAACAGCGCAAGCUGCCGAAAUCGGUGAAGCAAGGCAGCGUCGCAGUGAGCUUCGAACCGGAUCUAAGCCGCUUCAGUCUGAAAAAGAUCGACAAGGACCACCUGAGGAUCAUGAAAGCCCGUGCGUUCGAUGCGGCCGCGUGCACGAAGGCUGGCAUCACAGUCUACUUCAACGGAAAAGCCCUUCCAACACAAGACUUCCAGGAAUAUUCGCAGCGGGUACUGGGCAAGGAUUUGGCCGUCACCAAGAUCAUCGAUGCCAAGGGCAACGUGCGGGCAGAGGUCGCCGCAGGUUUCGCCGGCGAGCAGGGCUUUGCAGCUCUUGGCUUCGUGAAUGGGAUGAGGUGCAGCCGCGGCACGCAUGUGAACUAUGCUGUUCAGCAGCUUGCCACGGGCAUCGCGGACAUGGCACCCACAG